CCCAGUAUCCUUAUGAUUGGUCGUAGCCGUUCCUCCAAAUCUCGAGAAUGAGAAAGUGAAAGUUAAUGCAAAGAGAAACUAAAGUUGCACAGACAGUCGAGUACUUAUACCUCCUUUUUAAUAUACAUUCGUGUAAUUUAUUAUUGGAUAAACAUUUUAGGUCGACGAAAAUGAAAUGGAAGACGUAUGGAUUUGUCCUCCUCUCGGACACCAUGUUCUGGCUGAUGCUCUUUGCUGUGUUGCUUCAGUUCUCAAGUUGUGUUGGAUUGCCUGGUUUGUGGACUUUUGGACUAUUAAAGCUGCCACUAAUCAACACAUGGACCGUUUAUAUUGACGACAAACCCACACCUGUUGUCUUCAGGUUUGUGACUCUCGUGUGCCUCUUGCUCCCUAUUUUUGAAAGUGUACGAACUCUAGCUGGGUUUUCAACUUUUAACGGCAGUUCAGUCCCUACGCUUGGUAUGAUCGUAUUGGCCCAGAUCUCCUCCAUCAUAGCAUGUGCGUUUUGGGAGAUGGAUUUGACCAAUGGGCAGAAGAAGAAAGGAGGUCAAAAUCUCGGCUCAACGGCGGUGCUGAAGAGGGUGCUGAAAUACUUCGUGCCAGACCGCCUCUACCUUUUGUUUGCCUUCUUCUUCCUCAUCCUGGGCGUGGCUUGUGAUGCAUACAUCCCACUGUAUCAGGGAAGAGUCAUUGAUAUGCUGCGAGGUCAGCUCUAUCAAACACACUUUCUGAAGAACCUUGGAUGGCUAGCCCUUUUUUCUCUUGGAAGCCCUCUGUUCGCUGCGCUGAGAGGAGGCACGUUUAUGUGGAUCUUGUCCAGGCUGAACCAGAGGGUCAAGAGACUGCUGUACAGCAAUCUGCUGCAGCAGGAGAUACAGUUCUUUGAGGACAACAAGCCUGGAAGCCUGGCCACCCGUCUGCAUUCGGACGUGGACAAGAUGGGUAAAACCGUGGUGCUGAACUGUAACCUGUUGGUACGCAGCACCAUCAAGGGCGUCCUCAUGCUGCAGCUGAUGGUCAGGCUGUCCUGGCAGCUCACUCUGCUCACCGUUGUGGAGAUGCGUCUCCUGAGCCUCAUUCAGAGCCAGUACAGCGUGUACAGCAAGGAAAUGAAGGAGGAGCUGCAGGACUGCCAGGCGGAGAACAACCGGCUGGCCACCCAGACUCUGGGCAGCAUCAGGGUGGUCCGCAGCUGCGGGGCGGAGCCCUACGAGGCGGGGGUCUACGGCCGGGCGCUGGACCAGAUGAGAGACCUCAAGACACGCAUGGGACUCUACAGAGCCACCUUCCUCCUGCUGCGAAGGCUGCUGAACGUGGGGAUCAAGGUGCUCAUCCUGGUCCAGGGCCGCUCCCUGAUCUCCUCUGGUCAGAUCACCGUGGGCGACCUGCUCGCCUUCUUCCUGUACCAGGGACCUCUCUCAGCAAGCAUACGGGAGUUCCUUUAUGCCACUGGAGAGUUCGAGAGCACCGCGGGAGUCAUCGCCAAAGUGUUGGGUUACUUGGACCGAACGCCCAACGCCAAACCGGCAGGACGGCUGGCCCCCGAGGCACUGGCGGGCGGAAUCAGCUUCCAGAACGUGACCUUUGCCUACCCGAGCACCCCUGAUAAACCCGUACUCAAGUCCCUCUCUCUGGAAGUACGCCCGGGGAAGAUGACGGCUCUCGUGGGUCCCUCUGGCGGAGGGAAGACGUCCUGCGUCAGCCUCCUGAAGAGGCUGUAUGAACCUCAGGACGGACAGAUCCUGCUGGACGGACAGCCGCUGCACAGCUACCAACACAAAUACCUCCACCAGAAGGUGACCCUGGUGCCCCAGAACCCGGUCCUGUUCUCAGGCUCGCUGGGGUCCAACAUCGGGUACGGGCUGGAGAAGUGCACCCUGGGAAUGUUGCAGGAGGCAGCGAGGAGAGCCAGCGCCGACGGCUUCAUCGCGUCGCUGGAGCAGAAAUACGACACAGACGUGGGGGAGUGUGGCGUGAAGCUGGGGGCGGGGCAGAGGCAGUGCGUGGCCAUCGCCAGAGCUCUGGUCCGGACGCCCCGGGUCAUCAUCCUAGACGAGGCCACCAGCAGCCUGGACGCAGACGUGCAGCACGCCGUGGCGAGGCAGCUGCGGGGGCAGGGUGUGACCCUACUGGUGGUGGCCCAUCAGCUGAGGACAGUGGAGGAGGCGGACCACAUCGUGUUCAUGGAGGGCGGGGCCAUCGUGGAGCAGGGCACGCACCUGGAGCUCAUGGCCAGUGAAGCACGCUACUACCGCAGCUAUCAGGCUCUGUUUUAGAGGCUCAAUGCCUCUUCUGCACUCAGAAACAAUAACAACGCUUUUUCUAUUUUUAAAAAUGUUUUAUUGAUUUUAUUUCUUAAGGAUUUCUUUGUGUUUGUCAUUUUUUAAUUCAUAAUAUAUGAUGUAUUUUUUUUACAUUAAAAAAACUAUACUAUAAACUUAUUGAACGGCAUCUGCCGACUCCUACAGAGCCUGUGCAGUCAGAUACUCACAUACAUUUAGGUGUAAGUUGGGCACAGUGGUGGCUGGCGAUCAAACAUGUUGGUGGGGCACAGUAAUAGACACAACCCUGCAUAUACAGACCUACUUCAUGGCCAUUCCACCAGCCAUUGCUAUUUGACCCAUUGUUGUUAUUCUGAUAUUGAGACAAAUCAUGAUCACUGUCCUAUAGCGUCCAUUUUUUGUGAGUCUCAAUGUCUACUUCAAAUGCAGUUAGAAAUAUGGGACAGUUGCUUCAUUUUGUUUAUAUGCUACAGGCCGAAAGACUAAAUUAAUAUGUAACUUACUUGCUCCUUUUAAGUAUAACAUUGCUUGGGGAGUCCAAUUCCUCCACUGUAAAGGGAAAGUGCUUAAAACUCUCUGCUAGUUAGCGAUCUAUCUCCUCUCUACAUGUAGUUGUGGUGCCCGAAUGCUGCUGAGGGAGGUAGCCUAUUUGAUUGAUUCGCUGAAUUGUCCAAUCAUGUGGUGAUAACAAAAUAGAAAAGCGAUACCAGCGAUGGCCUUGGGCGCACACUGGUGCGACCCAAGGGCGAAUUUUCUUGUGCCAAUGAAAAGCUGUCUCUGCUUGAUAGGAAGCUAAAAGUUAGCAAGCUUACAUUGACUUCCACGUGGCCGGCGCUCCUGACUUGGAGGAGGGAUUUAUUUCGAAUGACCAAUAACUAGCCUAGCCCAAAUAAUUGACGUUCAGACGCAUUUAAAUGGUUGCUGGCAGUGAGAAGCAUGUCACACAAUUAAUCGAGGAUAAACGCUAUGCAUUUUUUUUAUUGAUUUCGUAAUGAUAAUAGUUUAUUAAUAGUUGGCAGUAAUAUUCAAGUGAAUAUUUCACGGAAGGGCGGAAUAGUAACACUGUUGUUAUUUAUUGGUCGUCAUGAAAAAAAACAUAAGGGGUAACACUGUUGUUUUUUAUUGGUCGUCAUGAAAAAAAACAUAAGGGGUAACACUGUUGUUUUUUAUUGGUCGUCAUGAAAAAAAACAUAAGGGGUAACACUGUUGUUUUUUAUUGGUCGUCAUGAAAAAAAACAUAAGGGGUAACACACUGUUGUUUUUUAUUGAUUUCGUAAUGAUAAUAGUUUAUUAAUAGUUGGCAGAUAUAUUCAAGUGAAUAUUUCACGGAAGGGCUGAAAAAAACAUAAGGGGUAAGACUGUUGUUUUUUAUUGGUCGUCAUGAAAAAAAACAUAAGGGGUAACACUGUUGUCUUUGUCAAAUAAAAUGUAAGGGGUAACACUGUCGUUUUUUAUCAGUCGUCAUGAAAAAACCAUAAGGAGUAACACUAUCGUUUUUUAUUGGUCGUCAUG